UCUCUGGUACAGUCGCGCGCUCGCUAUAGAAAACAAAGCUAUCCGUGCGCUUCCAUUACAGCUAUUGGGGCAAACCCAGCACACAGCUCUCCCUCUCUCUCUCUCUGCAUGCACACCCAAGAUGGGUUUGCAGCUCAUCUGAGGGCCUUUGAAAGCGGGGCCUGUUGAGGACAGACAGCCAACUGAAGUCAGCGAAACGUUUCAGUUUUUUUUCCCCCUGGACUGCUUUUGUUUCUUAGCCUCGGCUAGCAGCACAGCCACAAUCAUUGUCAUUUCUGCUGCGAGCUGCCGAAGGAAACACAUCGCCAUGUUGUUAUCGGAGGGGGCUCAGUGAAGAAGGCGAAAACCGUGAGCGUGUGGAGGAGAUAAUCUCGUCUUUUGAGCCGAACCUCAGUCCUCAGCCGCUGCCUGACUGACUGACAUGGCGGAGCAGAGCUACUCCUGGGCGUACUCCCUUGUGGACUCCAGCCAGGUGUCGACCUUCCUCAUCUCCAUCCUCCUCAUCGUGUAUGGCAGCUUCAGGUCAUUAAACAUGGACUGUGAGAACCAGGAGAAGGACAAGGAUGGAAACCCCACCAACCCUGGCUCCUUCAACAAUACCAACACUAACAACAGUAUUCAGACCAUAGACUCCACACAGGCACUGUUCCUGCCCAUCGGAGCCUCAGUGUCUCUGCUCGUCAUGUUUUUCUUCUUCGACUCUGUUCAGGUGGUGUUCACCAUAUGCACUGCAGUUCUAGCCACCAUCGCUUUUGCAUUCCUCCUGCUGCCGAUGUGCCAGUAUCUGACCAGACCUUGCUCCCCACAGAACAAGAUCUCGUUCGGCUGCUGUGGCCGAUUCACAUUAGCGGAGCUGCUGUCUUUUUCUCUCUCUGUCUUGCUGGUUCUCAUCUGGGUGCUGACAGGCCACUGGCUGUUAAUGGAUGCACUUGCCAUGGGUCUCUGUGUGGCCAUGAUCGCAUUCGUGCGGCUGCCUAGUCUCAAGGUGUCAUGCCUGCUGUUGUCAGGCCUCCUCAUCUAUGAUGUCUUCUGGGUCUUUUUCUCCGCCUACAUCUUCAACAGCAAUGUGAUGGUCAAGGUGGCCACGCAACCUGCCGACAACCCCCUCGACGUGCUCUCGCGCAAACUGCAUCUGGGCCCUGGCAUGGGGCGGGACGUCCCGCGCCUCUCCCUGCCCGGGAAGCUGGUGUUCCCGAGCUCCACCGGGAGCCACUUCUCCAUGCUGGGCAUCGGUGAUAUCGUCAUGCCGGGUCUGCUGCUGUGUUUCGUGCUCCGAUACGACAACUAUAAGAAGCAGGCUUCUGGAGAAGUGCCCGGGACUGCCAACGUGUCCGGCCGCAUGCAGCGGGUCUCCUACUUCCACUGCACCCUCAUUGGUUACUUUGUUGGUCUGUUGACGGCGACGGUGGCUUCUCGUAUUCACCGCGCGGCCCAGCCUGCCCUCCUGUACCUGGUGCCCUUCACCCUGCUGCCUCUGCUCACCAUGGCCUACCUGAAGGGGGACCUGCGCCGCAUGUGGUCCGAGCCCUUCCACACCAAGGCCAGCAGCACACGCUUCCUGGAGGUAUGAUGCUGCUCUGACCAGCACAGAGAGAGAGAGAGAAGGAGAGAGAG